AUGCUUCUAUCUCUCUCUUCCAUGGUGGUGUUUGUGAAUAUUGUGUCCAGUGCAGUGACUGUCAUCAGAACAGAUCAAGGGCCGACUGGAUAUGAGGUGACGAUCACCUACCAGAACGCGAGCGUCAGCAACGUCACUAUUUCUGGCCUACCACACUUAACAGAUCAAUACUCUACUUCCUGGUGGUCCUGGUCAGAUUUUGACCUGAGUGAAUACAAGCCUGGGGAUUUCCCCCGGGAUCCCCUCAUUGGCUCGUACUACGCGAUGAACCAGACGAAGCCUGGGGAAUUUACUUGGACACGACCCCUCUUCAGUGGAACAUUCCAAUAUUCAUUCCUCCUCGACUGUACUCAGCCCGCUCUGUGCAACACAACAAACGGCCAGAGGAUCACGGAUCCAACCAAUCCACCCUUCGAGAGCGUGCCUGGUUCUGAGUUAAUCUCCACGUUCCAGGUCCCAUACCACCACCAGUUCCAAUUUUAUCCGGAGCAAAACAUCAAUCAAGACUAUGCGCUGCCGUAUGGCACAAAUUCCAGCAAAGGGACUACCAAGUUUGGAACUUACCACUCACCUGGAUCCAUAAGCCCAUCGCCAGGCAUCCAUGACUACGUUGUUUAUCUGCCGGCGGGAUACGACGCGAAAGAUACUACCAAGAAAUAUCCACUACUGUACCUUUCCCACGGCGGCGAUGGAGCUGCAGCAGAUUGGCAGAACCAGGCCUAUGUCUCAAACAUGCUAGACCGCCUCAUCGGUGACGGCCACAUGGAGGCGACAGUAGUUGUGAUGCCAACCUGGUAUGGCAUCUUGCCCAACACCACCAAUCCACAAGCUCUACUACAGCGUAAUUACCCCGAUCCUCCGACUAUCGCUUCGCUAUACAGCAAAUAUUUGUUCCCUCACAUUGAGUCACACUACCGCGUCAGCAACGAGUCCAGUCGUAGAGCCUUCGCCGGUCUUUCGCAAGGUGCAUUUGUGACUUACAGCUUCUACGUCAAUUAUACCUCCUACUUUGGAUAUUAUGGCAUCAUGUCCGGUGGGCUCGCAACGAAUUCUGAAAAUGAAGCGCCCACUCUGCGUAGCUAUGUCAAUGCAUCUAUGGUGGCUUCGAAUCCGGACCUUUUGACCCGUGGUAUGUAUGUGUCGUAUGGUCAGUAUGACAUUUUGUUUACGGAUGCUCGAAGACUUCAACAGGCACUUGAUGAUAUUGGCGCUGGCUAUGUAACACGGUUUGUUCCAUGGGGGUUUCACUUUUGGAAUACUUGGCAAGAUUCCUUUUGGCAUAUGGGACGCAUGGCGCUAUGGCAGUCAAUUCCGUUCACGAAACCUACUGGUCACGGCCAAUAG